AUGUCUGACGUUAAUUUCCAAUUGUCAAUUCCUUCCGGUUUAGAUAAAAAAUUAAAAGAAAUUAUUAAUCCCAGCGAAUUCCAUUCCAGAGGAUUCGCUUUAAAUACAUACAAAGGGAAAAUUUUCAACGUUAAAUACCAUGGAAAAAAGAUCAUUGGAGACAAGGAGCUGUACGAUCAUAUGUCAAGCAACUUCCUUUGGCUAAUGGAUUACAUAACUAAUGAAAACCCAUAUGGAAAAACAACAACACAGUUUGAAUCAAAAAUUAGUCACCUACUUGGUAUGACAAAAGAUUAUUUAUCAGACUCUAUUAUCAUCGAAAGUGAGCCAGUGGAUUCAGUUUCGAACCAUACUUUCGAAACUAAAACACAACAAACUGAUGAUAAAAGUUUUGUCAAAACCGACAAGUUGAGUUUGCCUAAUAACAUAAAUGCAAAAAUAAACACAGCGAAGCUUAAUGGGUUAUUGCCAGAUUAUUCUGACGUUUUAAAGUUCGAUUUAUCAUCCUUAAUGGGAAACCUAAACACGUUCGACAAUUUGAAAAAAAUUCUCGAACCGGUUCCAAAUGCACCUGAUAUUACAGAAACAUUGUUGUAUCAGUACAUGAAACCGAGAAGUGGACCAUUUGUGGACACAUCUGAAAUGGAAAAGAUAAUGUUUAGCCAUCACAUUAACGUGAAAAUGGCAAAUUUACUUAAAACAGCUUUCGAAAAGUCAAGCUUGGAAUCGUACACGAAAUUGGUAAAUCAAUUUACAUCGAAGAGUUUCAAGAUUGAUAGGGAGUACAUUAAGCCGAUGAUAUUCUGGAAGACCUGGAUACUUAAUGGGUUUCAUUUAAUUUUUUAUGGAAAAGGGUCAAAUAGUAAUUUGUUAAAUGCUUUCUCCAAGAUUGCUUUAAGGUUCGACACUAAAACACUUUCAAAGUCUGAAGCCCUCAAGAGAAUUUCAAGAAAGGUUGAAUCACUCAAUUCAUAUUUUUAUAUGAUAAUACACGGAAUUGACCUAUUCUUGUUGAAUGAAGGAUUCAAUACGUUGAAAGAUUUGAUAGCGCUUAAAAAUGUUAAAGUGAUAGGAUCGAUGAAUCACCAGAAUUCAGGACCGAUUUUUAAUGAAUUUGAUAAAAUACUGGGAAAGUACAGGAUUGUCCACACCAACACACUUCAUGAAUUCGGACAAGAACUUAUUUCAAUAUGGCAAAACACACCACCGAACUUCUUUAUGAAUAAGAAGGUGCAGAAGAGCGCAGCUCAAAUACAAACUAUACUGGAGGCUCUUAGCAGGAAUCACCAGAAACUAUUUUCACUUAUCGCACAAAUCCAACUUGAAGCAACCAAAGAUACUAAAAAGUUCAUCGGAAUUGAAAAGAAUUCCAUACUCCAUGAUUCUAGGGCCAUUACUAUUUGCCAUAAUGAAACCAAACUGGACAAUCUUUUGACUGAAUUCACUACCCACGAUGUGAUUGAACAAACUCGCGGACCUGGAGGAAGACUAUUCCUUAGGAUUCCAUUUGAAAAGUAUGUUUAUCCCUGA